AUGCAUGAUUUAUUUGAACGAGAAUUGCAACGCGAACUGCAAUUCGAUCGUAAUGAAUUGCGUGCGUUCGUACAAACGUAUACUCCACAAUUAAAUGAUCAACAAAAGUAUGUAUAUGACACAGUGAUGCAAGCUGACAAUGACAACACUGGUGGAUUUUCUCAAAAUGUUAAUGGCGCAAGGUUAAAAUCAAUUGCUAAGACGGAGUUUGCAAGACAUCUUAAAAUUUGUGGUGAAAUACUUUCGAGUGACACAACAGAAAUAACUCCUUUUAUUCACAAGUUACGGGAUACAAUGAAUGAAAUGGAGAUAACCGAGGCACAGUUAUACAAUGCGGAUGAGUCUGGUCUCUUUUACCGUAUGCUGCCAGAUCGCACAUUCGUAGCAGCAACUGAAAAGACUGCACCUGGCCGAAAAAUACUAAAAGAAAGGAUAACAUUUAUGCUGUGUGCGAAUGCCGAUGGAUCCCACAAAUUGAAACCCUUGGUGAUUGGUAAAUCUGCAAAUCCACGUUGUUUUUCCGGAUUCAACAAUCCAUUGGAAUACGUAAAUUCUAAAAAAGCGUGGAUGAACUCCCAACUGUUUUCUGAAUGGUUUCACAAUUCGUUUACUAAACAGGUUCGUACUUUUUGCUCUGAAAAUAAUUUACCACAUAAGGCAUUGUUGCUAGUUGACAAUUGUACAGCUCAUAAGCCAAUUGAACGGCUAAAGUCUGAUGACGGUAACAUUGUAACAAUGCUUCUACCAUCGAAUGUGACAGCGGUAAUACAGCCAAUGGAUCAAAAUCCGAUAAGGCUAGUUAAAUUGGGCUACAGAAGCAAACUUUUAUGCAACGUUAUUGCACAGGAACAUUUGACCAUUGCAUUAACAUUUGUUUAA